UUAACUGUGUUUAUUGUGUUUGAAGGAGCCCACAGAGGAGUCCAGGUAUAGCAGUAGCAGCAAUAGCAGCGGGGGGAGGAGGUGCGACCAGGCCCAUCCUCUCACUAUCACUCAGCUACAUGGGGCUUCCUGUAAGCCCUCUGUACACAGGCUGCGGUCACAAGUGGAAAAUGUCACCGGGCACUUAAAAUAACAAGUCAGUCAAGAGGCUGAGGAGAUGGAGGGAUGACUGACGGAGAGGCAGCACUGGAGACAAUGUAGAGAUGUAGACAGUUCAGAGGAUGCAACUUCAGUCAAGGAGUCAAGGAAAGCAGUGAGCCAUGGCAGUCGGGUUUCAGUGGUCCAUGUACUCGGCUGUGCUUCUCCUUUCGACGCACGCAGCUCAGGCUCGGCAAAGCCUGUCAGAACUUUCCUGUGUCAACGACUUUGUCAGAAAUGUCACUUGCACUUGGAAGCACUCUGCAUUCAACUCCAGCUCGGACUGUUGGGCGUCUGGAGUUAAGACAAUACACAUCUAUAAAGAUAACAGACGUCAAGUUGUGGAUAUCAAGCGCAGCUGCAAACUAAAACAACACGGAGAAUUCCCAGGAUGCACCUUUGCGUUCGAUCAGACAUUUAAUCCAUUUGAAAAACUCAAAAAUAUUAGUGUGUCUUGCAACGGCACAUUGAUUCAAUCCCCAAUCUAUGAACCCAAAUUUCACAUUAAAAUGCACCGGCCCAGCACUGCUAAUGUCACAAGCACUUCUAACAUGACCCGGAUAUCUUGGAAAGUCGGGAGCCCCCAGUCGCAAUUCAUCAAGACUUUCACCGUCCAUAUUCAGAUCAAACAAGCUCACCAGUCAUGGGAGAAAGUAAAUUUUGCUUUGCCCUCCAGUACUUGGGAUGCAAGAGCGUAUGAGUGCAAAGGGAAUUUCACAGUGAGUGAGCCUUCAGAGAUGAUCCUAUGGCAGAAAUUAAAGGGCCAUCUCCAGGUUAGAGUAAGAAUUAAGUCUAAUCAAUGGAAAGGGGGCCAUUGGAGUGAGUGGAGCCCGACCACGUCCUGGGUGGAAGAGGAUGAAGUGGCAACAUCACAGGAAAAAGCUUUAAAUCUGGAUCAGCCGUCUGCACUCAUUUUUAUACUUUUAGUUCUCCCCUUGGGAUUGUUUUUUUUUGUUGCUUCAGUGCUGGUCAUUUACAGCUGUUGCAUCAGAAAACGGAAUCUGAAAUUGAAGACUGUUCCGAAUCCUUCCCAAUACUUCUGUACGCUGCAUUCAGUUUAUGGAGGAAAUUUCAAGAAAUGGCUGAAUCCUGCGCCAAUGUCCAACCCCUUCUUUGUGUCCCGUCCAUGCGAGGACAUCUGCGCGGUGGAGGUGUGUGAGUCUUGGGACAAGAUGCCGCCCAGCUCCCCCAGCAGCUCUUCAGCCCUGGUCCACUCCCCCUGUGCAGAUGACCCUCUCUCCUCCUGCUCCUCCUCCUGCUUCUCCAACAUGGACUAUUUCAUGUCCAGUGGCACUGGCAGCUCAACUCACACUUGCACCAGCCCCUACUUCAGUUACCAGGGCAACGUCCUCAGUCCACACAGGAAACUUCACCUGUCCCUGUGCCCACUCUUUAUCUCCUCGUCCAUCUACGAGAGCCUGCGGAGGGAGCCACAGAGCCCAGAUUCUGGGUUUGGGAUCGGUAGGUUUGAAGACCAGGACACAGAGGUUUUCCAUGACAACCAGAGCUCUCCUCUUCUCCUCCAUCUGCCUGUGAAUGUCUCAUCCUUCUCUCCUGCGUCUCCCCUUUACCCUUCUGAGGUGAACCUGGUGUUUGAUAACCACGGGCUAGAAGAGGACACACCUGUCGCUGCUUCUCUUGCCAGUGAGCACCUGUCAGACUGGCCUGUGAUUGAACCCAUGUGCAGGGCCUCGUCUUUACCUGUAGACACAUGUAAGUCAGGUUAUCUCACUCUCAAAGAGCUGCACACCACAUUUAGCAACAAAUCCAUCUGAGUAUUGUGUCAGUGUGUCAGACUUUUCAGGUAUCGCAUGUUGAGAAACACGCCCACUGCUUCUAUUAUUAAAAAUGUUAAUUUCAGUCAAAACUAUUCCAACAUUUAUAUAUCUUUGUUUUUCUUUUUUGAUACAGCUGCUAAAUUACACAUCAACAAGAUUUAGGGACAAAUAUUUUCUGCAUAGACACUGGUCACAUGUUUAGUAGGCAGUAGUCCAGUUGUAGCUUUAGGCUGACCCUGUAAAUACUGUAGAAUAAAUGCAUGUAGCAGCAACUAAAUGGUAAACAGCAAUACACAAUUGUACAUAGAGUGAAUAUUGGAGCUGGUUUGCAAAGUUUUUUUUUUUUUUGUUUUCUCUUUAUGCAAUCCUUCCAUUGCAUCUAAACCUAAAUAAAAUAAAGUCGUGACAGAAGUGGGUCACCCUUCUGACUUCCUGUGUGUGUGCGUGUGUGUGCGUGGCGUGUGUAUGUGGGUGUGUGUGUACGAGGUAUGUGUUGGUCCGAGCCUUUGUUGUGUGUCAGGGUGUCCUGCCAGGUGGGCCCAGCGGUGAGCUCGUGAGUGUCAUUAGUGUGGUUUGACAUUUCAGUCUACAACCCUCAUCCGCUCACCUUGCACAACCAAAUCAAUUUUUAGUAGCUAGGUUGGACACAAACCACAGCACCAAAACACUGUUUAAGUUUCAACUGAAUCACUCUUCUCACCAAAAGCACUGAUGAACUGACUUCUCAGCAAAAAAAACUUAGAAAUUGAAACUGAAUUGAUACUGAACAAUUUUUUGUUUUUUGUAACUUGUUGUUACUAUUAAAGCUACAGAAUGUAACGUUUUAGCCAAUAAAUAAACUGAAAGAAAA